CUCCCUCCUCUUCCUACCUGAUUCAGAUCCGCUCCGGCGCUAUGCGUAUGACCGCGUAUCUCUCUGCAAGCCCAGCUCCACCGGAGAGACCCGCACGCCGCCGCCGCCGCUGCUGCUGCUGACCGCCGGCCGCCCGCGAGCACCCAACGCCGGCUGACGAGCCACCCAGGCCGGGCAACAGGAGCGGCAGACACCGCCGCUGGUUAACCUCCGCCGGAGCAGAAGAGGGAAGAAAUUAAGUCGCCGAGAGUUGGCCCUGGAUAGAGAGAUCGGCAAGAGGACGAGUGUGGCGUCCCGGAGCCUGCUGUCCCAUUCGUCAUCCUCUCCUCUUUUCCUCUACUUAGCCAAGCUUUCACCUCGCCAAAGUCCACCCUUCCCUCCUCCUCGUCUCCUCUUUUAUUCAGAGCUCCCCUCCUUUUGCAACUUUUCACCUGUGUCUUGUCACUUUACUUUUGUCUGCCUCGCUCCCUCUCCUUGGCCUUCGGCUGCAAACCCGUCAUGGCGUCCAAGCUGAACCCAAACGUCCUGUAUGUGGCGGGGCCCGGCGAGUCCCUGGGGUCGCCUCAGGCCGACUCUGAGAGGACUCAUAUUGCCGGUGAAGCUGGAGAAGAGUCGUCAGACAGUGAUGGAGAACAGGAAGAGACGUCGCACAAGCUGAUCCGCAAAGUGUCCACCUCGGGACAGAUGAGGACCAAGAAAAGCGUGAAAGAGGGAAUCCUGUUAAAGCAGACCAGCUCCUUCCAGAGAUGGAAGAGGAGGUACUUCAAACUCAGAGGGAGGACCCUCUACUAUGCCAAAGACUGCAAGUCCCUGAUUUUCGAUGAAGUGGACCUUUCAGAUGCCAGUGUGGCUGAGACCAGCACCAAGAACAUCAACAACAGCUUCACAGUGAUCACUCCAUUUCGCAAGUUGAUGUUAUGUGCCGAGAGCAGGAAGGAAAUGGAAGACUGGAUCACUGCUCUCAAAUCCGUCCAAAAAUGGGAAACCUACGAGGCCAGUCAGUUCAACAUGGAGCAUUUCUCUGGGAUGCACAACUGGUACGCCUGCUCACACGCCAGACCGACCUUCUGCAACGUCUGCCGAGAGGCGCUGCCAGGCGUCACCUCCCACGGCUUGUCCUGCGAAGUUUGUAAGUUCAAGGCUCACAAGCGCUGUGCAGUUCGCUCCACCAACAACUGCAAGUGGACCACGCUGGCUUCCAUAGGAAAUGACAUCAUUGAGGAUGAGGAAGGGGUGUCCAUGCCCCACCAGUGGCUGGAAGGCAACCUGCCCGUCAGUGCCAAAUGUGUGGUGUGUGAUAAGAACUGUGGCAGCGUGCGGCGGCUGCAGGACUGGCGCUGCCUUUGGUGCAAGGCCAUCGUCCACAACAGCUGUAAAGAACAAAUGGGGAAGGUGUGUCCUUUGGGUCAAUGUCGAGUGUCAAUCAUCCCUCCUACUGCACUUAACAGCAUCGACUCAGAUGGCUUCUGGAAGGCCACCUCAGCGUCGUGCUCCAGCCCUCUGCUGGUCCUCGUCAACUCCAAAAGUGGGGACAACCAGGGGGUCAAGUUCCUCCGCAAGUUCAAGCAGCUUCUCAACCCAGCUCAAGUCUUUGACCUGAUGAACGGAGGACCAGAGCUCGGCCUUCGCCUUUUCCAGAAGUUUGUGACGUUCCGUAUUCUGGUGUGUGGAGGAGAUGGCAGCGUGGGCUGGGUGCUCUCGGAGCUGGAUAAACUCAACCUCCAUAAACAGUGCCAGCUCGGCGUGCUGCCUCUGGGCACCGGGAACGACCUGGCUCGUGUGCUGGGCUGGGGAGGCCUCUGCGACGAUGACGCUCAGCUGCUGCAGAUCCUGGAGAAGCUGGAGAGAGCCACCACCAAGAUGCUGGACCGAUGGAGCGUGAUGACUUACGAGGUUCCCACCACCAAUAAACACACGCCGAUCGUGAAGGAAGAUGACAGCCUUGAUUCUCCUCUGCAGGUCCACAUCACUCAGUAUGCAGACUCCGUGGCCUCCCACCUUGCCAAGAUCCUGGACUCGGACAAACACAGCGACGUCAUUUCCUCUGCCAAGUUUCUGUGUGGGACGGUGAAUGAUUUUGUGGCGGAGGUGGGGAAGGCGUACGAGAGAGCCACGGAGAACAAGGAGGAGGCAGAUGCCAUGGCAAAGAAGUGUGCAUUGCUGAAUGAGAAACUCGAUUCCCUCGUCAAGGCCUUAAGCGAGGAAGCGGAAGCUCAGGUGGUGCCGGCAGGCUCCGUUCCCAGCCAGGAGAGCGGCGGCUCGAGCCCCGGAGAAAGUGGCGGCGAGUCGGGUUCAGAGGGCAAAACGUAUCGGUCCAAAGAGCAGCUGAUGCUCAGAGCCAACAGCCUGAAGAAAGCCCUGAGGCAGAUCAUCGAACAGGCUGAGAAAGUGGUGGAUGAACAGAACAGACACACGCAGGUCCAGAGGAUGUCGUCUUCGUCCUCCAUCAAGAGAGAAAACAGUGAGGAGCUGAAGGAUGCUGAGCCACGUCCGGGAAGCUUGAGUCCCACCUCCCCCAUCGUCCUGGAGAAACCAGAGAGCCUCAACACAGUGACCUUCAGCGAGGACUCGGUACAAUGUUCAGAGAAGUGCGUGAUGAACAACUACUUCGGAAUCGGCCUGGACGCCAAAAUCUCCCUCGAGUUCAACAACAAGAGAGACGAGCACCCCAAGAAGUGCAGUAGUCGCACCAAGAACAUGAUGUGGUACGGAGUCCUGGGAACCAAAGAACUGGUCCAGAAGACGUACAAGAACCUGGAGCAGCGAGUUCAGCUGGAGUGUGACGGGGUUCCCAUGUCUCUGCCGAGUCUGCAGGGUUUGGCUGUUCUCAACAUCCCCAGCUAUGCAGGCGGGAUCAACUUCUGGGGAGGCACCAAGGAGGACAAUAACUUCGGUGCUCCGUCAUUUGACGAUAAGAAGUUGGAGGUGGUGGCGGUGUUUGGCAGCAUGCAGAUGGCCAUGUCCAGAGUCAUCAACCUGCAGCACCAUCGCAUCGCACAGUGCCGGCAGGUGAAGAUCACCAUCCUGGGGGAGGAGGGGGUUCCUGUGCAGGUGGAUGGAGAGGCCUGGGUCCAGCCCCCCGGCAUCGUCAAGAUCGUCCACAAGAACCGGGCUCAGAUGCUCACCAGAGACAGAGCGUUCGAGAGCACGCUGAAGUCGUGGGAGGACAAGAGGAAGAUCGACAGCUACCGCGCCAGCAGGCCCCGCCUUAACUCCCAGCAGUCCAUGGAGUACCUGACGGAGGAGGAGUGUGCUCAGGUGCAGCAGCUGGGCAUCGUGGCCGACACGCUCAUCAACAAAAUCCGCGAAGCAGCCAAGACCCACAAGCUGGUGGAGCAGGAGUUGGCCCACGCCGUCAACGCCACCGCCCUGGUGCUCACCGAGGCCAAACUGUCCAGCCCCGAGUGUCUGAGUCGCAGCACUGCAGUGGAAAUCGUCAACAGCAGUAAAGUUCUCCAGGCGGAAACCAGGAUGCUGCUGGAUGGAAAACUACUGUCGGAGUCUCCGGAGGAAGAGGAGCUUCGCUCGACUCUGAACAGCCUCAGCGCUGAGCUCCACAAGCUGGACGACAUCCACUGGAUCUGCCCGCUCAUGCAGUGCUCUGAGGAGGACUCGGUGAGGGGCAGCACGAAGAGCAGCAGCAGCAUGAAGCUGAAGAUCAUUCCGAAGGUGAAGAAGGAGAGAGAGAAGCUCCACAAGCAGAAGUCCAACAGUUCUCUCUCAGGAGCUUGGGACAUCAAAGGUGGAGCCGCAGAGGCAGAUUCUUCAGGCAACUGAAGUCCUGAUGAGGUGCUUUAUUUCCAUCCCGUCACCCUGACAACGGGCCUGUCCUCCUCCUCCUCCUCUCUACCCGCCACGCUCAGUGGCUUCACGGAGGUGUUGGGAAGAAAAGGAAAACCAUCUUUCUGCCCUUUUCACUUCUGGUGUCAUCUUUUUUUCUGCACAGCGGGAGGAAUUCUUUUAUUUUUUGUUCCUGUUUUUCUCGAAUCUUUUGGAAGGGGCCUGGCUUCACAUCACAUUGCUUCACCAAGUGUUUUUGGUUGUGUAGGUGUGGCCAGCGGCCAGUCAAACGGGAGACGGGGGAGGUUUUGGGGCGACGGCGGCGGCGUCCACCUUGUUUCUGUUUCUUUGACAAAGAAAUGUGUUUACGUGGCUGCUCUCCUUGCAUGUCGAGGGCAGCCAUCUUGUUUUCUAUCUACUAUCAUGAGUUGUUACAGUCUUUGGCUUUUUUCUCUCUAACUUAAUCGUUUUAGUUCUGAACUUCUGAACAGCCUUCAGACUUUGAUUUUUGAUCGUGAGAAGAGUAUUUAUUCGGUGUUGCUACUGCCAUGAGAACUCUGACGGCAACUAAUCGACAAAAUGAACAAACUGAAACAUCUCAACCUUAUCGUCUACUGAACUGGAGAAUAUCUUAAAUGUUGCAAAAAAUAUACCGAGGAAUGUACUUGUGUGGACUUGUAUUAACCUGUGAAUAGCGUUAAACGAUAAACCAUGUAUGAUUUCACAAAGGUUCUACUGUCGUGGUCCUAAAGUGGUUCUUAAUAGGCUGUCGUGUGACUCGUGUGGUCCGAGGCGGCAAAAAUACUGACCUUGGCUGUGAGUCAUUUCAUCUGCAGCCUCACGAGACGAUCGCUCAGUUAUGAUCAAGGCCUGGAGUGUGACUUAUGUGGGAGUCAGUAGGAUCUACUCCCGUCGUCUCACCUGCUUUAUGAAGAAGCGUUUAGCUGCAGCAGCAGCAGAUGAAGUGACUCCCUAAGUCAGAUGUUUUUGCCGGCGUGUGGUGGAGGAAGCAUCGAGGACUGAACGUCACAGCUACUCAGUGUACCGCUUCUACUUUGCCAUAUUCAUGAUUGUACGUGUAAUAUAAGAGUCAGUGGGUGUUUGAUUUUGCCUUGUCUGUGGUUCAAAGCUAUUAUUCUGAUUAUUACAAAUCUAUAUUUAUAUUUUUUUGUAUAUCUUAUUUUCCCAACCCGUGAAGCUGUCUGAGCUUUGCUGCUUCCCCCUCUGAGCGGCUCCUCGGCCACCGUGCGUAUAAUGGAAGCCGUCCUGUGUGUCCCUGCAUGCAUACUUAGCCUCCCUACGCCUCACAGUGCAAGUUGCCUCAUUAUAGUGAAAUUUUUAGCUCGUUUGUUCUGACUGGUGACAUUUUGUGAGCAUUGAUUUGGUUUUAACCUGCUCGACCAGGACCAGACUGUUUAACUGCCAGAGAAGAGAAGAAGUUGAAGAGUGUGUUGAUUUACAGCCUGUGUGCUAAUUCUAAGUGUCUCUGAGCAAACGCCAGUGUUGGAUGUGUGAUUAUUUGCUCUAGCUGGGGCCGGAAAGAGUUGGUUUUUAGACACGUGUGCUCUUAGAGGCAGCGUCUUGACAGGAAUGAUCCUUAAAGGAGUCCAGGAAGGUCACUUAUUUGCUGUUUUACCUUCAGACAGACGAGAGGAUGAACAUGUUUGUUUGGUCUGUGCACUCGGUAAAGAGAUGCGUUUCACUUCAAUGGGAGAACAUUGAGCUGCAGUAAAGGUGAAACACGCCUCGCAGCGGCUAGGAAACGUCUUUUAUUUGCUGGUUUUAGUGUUUGUUGCCAAAGAGGACAGUUUGUGAGCUUCAAGGUGUGAUCUGGGCCGUCGUUAAAGAUGUUAAAUAUGUUGGAGGACGGCUGUUUUUACCUUUAAACAGUCUUUGUUAGAAACGUAGUUGAAUUUGUGUGUAAGCAACUAAGAGACAGUCAGACAAAUAAUAUCAUAACAUGUCAGUGCUUUUAAUUUAAUACAGAACUAAUGUGAACUAGUCAAGCUAGGACCUGAGUUAACUAUGAGCUAAAAAUACCAUCAGAUUAAAUAAGUAGUAAAGUUAACGAUGCCUGCUUCACCAGAACGUGUCAUGUGGAUGUAUUUAAUGAGCUUUUUAUUAGUUUUUAUCUGCCAAGGUAGCUUAAGGUUAGUUAUUUUGCGAGGCUACGGUCAAGAGAAAAGUCCAACGUCUCAGCUAAUAGAUGUUUAAAAGCUGUUUUCUUUUAGUGAACUUAAAAUGAAAUGUGUUAGAGAACAGUUGAGCUGUUGGAGGUGUGUAAGAAAACGCAGUAAGACAGCAAAAAAGUGAAUGUCACGACAUGUUGGGUGACUUCAGAAAGCUGCAAUGUUCAGUGUCAAAUAGAAACGAUGAAAAUGUUGAUUAGAGAAACUGGAAAACAGCGUUUUGGCCUUAAAAGUUUCAUCAGAAUCUCGCCUGAGCGUGGUAGAAAAAAGUGAAUUUAGUGAAACAUUGGAGUGUUACUUGAAGAAAGAAGCUAAAAUGUGAGCAGCUGAAGAUGUUGCACAAAGUGAGCUUGGUGGUGUUGAUAUAAAGGAAGAACCACAGAAACGUGUGUUGUAAUGCGCAGCUUCGCUUGUUUGUGAUGAAAAGGGACAAAAAAAACAGUAGUAUGAUUCAAGAACUCACUUUGGAGUCUUAGUUUGGACACGAACAAGGCGGGAAACUAGCAAAGGAUCAUUUCUGUGCUUUUAUUUUUUCUAGAAACGGUUUAUUUUGUGUGUGAAGUGGCCCUUUGGAGCUACUGUGAGGCGCUACUCGGUGUUCAGCUCUGGUAGGAUCGUGCUGCUGCUGUGUCCGCUCUACACCUUAGAGGCUUUAGUGGUUGUCGUGCCAAGUUCGUAGUGACUUUAGUGGGUGGUGAGACGUUCAGGGUGCGUGGGAGCUUACAUGCGUGUGUCGUACAUUUCAAAGUUUACUGUAUCUUGCCUUGCACUUUACAAAGAAGCAAACUUAAUGGGGGGAAGAAAAAAAGACAUUUGCGUGUAUGUGUGUGUGUGAGUUUAUUUUAUAAUUGAUUUGAUGACAGGAAUCUUUUAUUUAUGACAAAUGUAUACGGACAAAAGUGUGUGGAUAAAAUGUAAUAUAUCUAACCAAUUGUAAAAGAAUGAUAAAUAUAUAGAAAUGUAUACGCAGACGUUACAUCAGUAGUGGUGCAGUCGCUCUCCUGCCAAUCCAUCGUCAUGGUUUCAUUUCAAUAACAGUAGGUACGUUUAUUAUAACUUUAAGCCAAAGUUGUUGACAUUUUUAAGUGUUAUUUAGACACAAGAGGAGAUGUUGAGUUUGUGCUGAUGCUAAUAUUUGGUUGAACUGUUUGUAGUUUUGAUUUUAUUGGCUUUUGUUGUGCUUAUAAAGACUCACAUGUGGAAGCCAUUUCUGGAUCUAUCUGCCUGUGUUGUUGUUGUUGUUUUCUUUGAAUGCAUUGCAUUUUUUAAAGAUAUUUUGUGGCUGUUAAUUUUUUUUUGUCAAACUGCAAAAAUGUCAUUUUGGACUGAGACUCUUCUGAGGAGCAGAGAGGAAAACCCACCGAUUUCAAGCACUCAGCCAUGUUUGUGCAACAGUAUUCCAUAGAGAACAUUUGUGAACGCACCCCCUGAUCAGCCAAUGCGCGCAGUGCUGGAGCCGGACUAGAUGUUGCACGACCUUGUGCGUCGCGAGGUGUUUUGUUGUGUUAUCGUGUGCAGUGUGUAACAAAGACAAAGUCAGUGCAACCUCUCUGGAGAUUAAAUGAAUUAUUCAAGUGUGAA